GCCAACAUUGGACGAUACGAAAUGUCACAUUAUCCGUCAACUAAGUACUUUAGAGAAAGCUAAACGAGUAACAUCAAUUAAUAAUUAUCAGAAUAUUGUUACAGCUAUCGCCGAGGAUAUUAACAGAGUUGAUAAUUAUCGUAAAAAUCGUCAAGAACAAUUGACAAUAACACGUAAUUCAAUAUCAGAAAUUGAAGAAAUUCGAUUAAAUUAUCAAAAACGUUUGGAACGAUAUGCGAAUUAUUUGAAAAGAUUUAAUGAAUAG